UGAAUACGGGUAGGAAGUGUUAACCUCCGGUGAGCUGAAGAGACAUGGGUUUCGAAUGACCCUUGUUAUUUUAUUCAAGUUUCUAUAGAUAUAUUGUUUUUCCCCCGAUUGCAUGAUGGCUGGAAGUCGACUUGAGAAGGUCGGAACUGUUUUUAGCCGGGUAAGAGAUCUCAUGCGUGCUGGAGUCAUCAAAGAGUCUCAGAAACCUGUUUGGUUUGAUGUUUACUCUGCGUUUCCUCCGAAGAGAGAACCCGUUUACGUGAAACCAGCACGAUUUUUGCGUCCGAAAACCGAGGAGAAUGUGCCUGAAAUCUUUUACAAGGAAGAUCAAAUACGAGCGAAAUUCUAUGAGUUGUACGGAAAUGGACCUAAAGCGUUUGACCUCACAAAAACCAGCUUUGUAUCCACCUGCCAGAGGUUUGUGGAGAAGUACAGUGAACUGGAGAGCAGGGGAGAUGUUGAUGUGAAGCCAGAGAUGCUGCUCGACGCAACGGCAAAGGCUCUUCUUGCCGACGGUGUAGUGCUGAGGAGGAGAGGAGGCGGAGCUUCUGUGGCAGCAGAGACACACAAUCCUGUUCUGUCCAUGAAGUUAACCGACAUGUUGGCUGAACAACAAAAAGACACAACUUCUGUCACACACACUCCGGAGGAGCACACACACACACACACCGCUCCCACUGACUCUUCAAACACCUUAUAGCGUAAAAAAAUAGAAAAAUUCAUGUUCAUUCUGAAUAGAAAGCUGUGCAACGAAUAUAAAAUAAAUAUGAAGCUUGCAGAGAACCAAGGACGAGUUCAAUAUUAGUUCAAAAUUGCUAAUAUACUGUUUCUACUGGCUAAGUGUGUGUGUGUGUGUGUGUGUAGACACCAGACCAUCACACACACACGUAUGCAUUUAUUUCAAAGAGUUGACAUAAAGUUUGAAGCACGUAAUUGUAUAUAAUGUCUUUUAAUGCUGUAACAUCACAGUGCUGUUGUACAUGGUGUAUGAAGACACAGCGUGUUCAUGUAGUCCGACAUAGAACCCUAACCUUUACUCCACUGAACACCUUUAGGAUGAAUAAGAAGCACAGAGUGCAUGAAAUCUCAUAGAAAGCCUUUCCAGAAUAACGGAUGUUACUAUAACAGCAAAGGAGGAUAAAUCCUAGUAUUUAUUUUCAACAAACACAAGGUUCAGGUGUCCACAAAUGUUUCCCAUUAUAAUCUUUGAUGUUCUGUUAAUGAAUGGUCAAAUAAAGAGUGUUCAAUAUCAUUUAAAA